CAGCGCUCCAUCCUCCCAGAAGCCCCGAGACGAGAGCCGGGAGGUGCGGCUCCUGCCUUGCCCGCCUUCGCGCAGCCUCCUCGCCGCGCUCAGAGCCAGCGGAGCGCAGGGAAAAGAAAGGAAGGGAAGGGACGGGACUGCUUGGCCGGAGGGAGCCAUGGGGGCGGCCCUGAGCACGUUGGGAAGCAUUAUCCUGUUUCCAGCCUAUUUCGUGAUCGGUUUGAUCAAGCGACUUUUCUCAAAAUCGAUGCCUCCGAUCACGCUGGAAAAUCCAGAUGUAAAAUAUGCAUUACGACUGAUCGAUAAAGAGCAAGUCAGUCAUGACACCAGAAAGUUUCGCUUUGCCCUGCCAAGUCCAAGACAUGUUUUGGGACUUCCUGUGGGGCAGCAUAUUUACCUCUCGGCCAGGAUCGACGGGAAUUUGGUGAUCCGGCCUUACACGCCGGUCAGCAGCGAUGACGACAAAGGAUUCGUGGACCUGGUUGUGAAGAUCUAUUUCAAAGGGGUUCACCCCAAAUUUCCAGAAGGGGGGAAAAUGUCCCAGUAUUUGGAGAGCCUAAGGAUGGGGGACACCAUUGAUUUUCGGGGACCUAGUGGAUUGCUCGUUUACAAGGGAAAAGGUUUGUUUGCUAUUCGUCCAGACAAGAAAUCCGAACCCGUUCUUAAGCAGGUGAAAUACGUCGGGAUGAUCGCCGGUGGAACAGGAAUUACUCCCAUGUUGCAACUCAUUCGAGCGAUUGUAAAGGAUGAGGAAGAUCCCACCAUUUGCCAUUUACUCUUCGCUAACCAGACUGAAAGUGACAUCUUGCUGCGCCCAGAACUCGAGGAAGUGCGAGCUCAACAUUCAGCCCAGUUUAAGCUGUGGUACACAUUGGACAGGGCCCCUGAGAAGUGGGAUUACAGCCAAGGCUUCGUGAACGAAGAGAUGCUGAAGGAGCACAUGCCUCCACCCCAAGAGGACGUCCUCAUCCUGAUGUGCGGCCCACCGCCCAUGAUCCAGUACGCCUGCAUUCCCAACCUGGAGAAAUUGGGUUACACCAAGGAGAUGUGGUUUACUUACUAACGGGGAGUCGGGAUGAAAGUAGAAGGGGGAAGGAGAAGUGGAAGGAAGGAACAGAACUCUUGGGAAUAAAACAGGUAACGGAAACUAACUCCAGUAAAACGGAAGUGGAACCGAUGUUCAGUGGAUUUCCAACUUGCGCCCUCCUUGUGUCUUUCUAAUCCUGACAAGCAGGAGCCUCAGCUAGACUGAUUAACCGUGUUGUAGAUCCUACUCGUUUGCUUUGCUCUGUGUAAUCAAAUCUGUCCUAAGGCAAUUGAAGGAAGUUUUGGGUCUUUUCAUCCCAGAUGGGCAAACGUUAGCUGGGCCUCUUGUAUCGCCAAAGAGUUUUGUCCCUGAGAUCCAGGGAGAAGUGAAGGAGGCGACUUCGCUCUCCGUGCUGUUUUCUGCACCAAAGCUUUAAAUGCACAUCUGUCUUUGCACCAACAUGUGUGUUUGUGUCCUUCUUCAUUGGCACAGGGGUGGGGGGAUGGAGAAAUUGCUCGACAGGACAGCCCACAGAAACAUACUCGUCUAGAAAGCAGCGAAUUGAUUGGUUCUGUCCUUCUCAAAUUGUGGACGUGAAAGAGGGAAGUCGAAUCUUGAAAUUCUUAAUAAGUCACACCCCGUAGGACAGAAAGGAGUAGUCGGCCUCUACUCUUCCUUUGGGCCUUUAUCUAGGGACAGAAUUUGCAGCUGAGCUUUGCGUAGGGUGGAAUAAGGUUGUAUAUACGGGAGGCUCCCUAAACCUACAAUAGUCCAAAGGAUGGCCCUAAACACAGAAUCGUCUCCCAGAAUUCUCUUCCAUUGGUGGGGGGGAGAAAUUUUAAUUUGGAGGUGUUGAAAGGUGGACGAUGGGCUAGCCAGGGUUGAGUUGAAGUCCACCUACCUUAAGCAGCCCAAGGUUGAGUUGAAGUCCACCUAGGUUCAACAGGCCAAUUCUGGGAGUUUGAAGUUUACCUAGCUUAAAAAGGCCAAGGUUGAGUUGAAGUCCACCUAGCUUAAACAGCCCAAGGUUGAGUUGAAGUCCACCUACCUUAAACAGCCCAAGGUUGAGUUGAAGUCUACCUAGCUUCAACAGCCCAAGGUUGAGUUGGAAUCCACCUAGCUUCAACAGGCCAAUUCUGGGAGUUUGAAGUCCACCUAGCUUAAACCGCCCAAGGUUGAGUUGGAAUCCACCUAGCUUCAACAGGCCAAUUCUGGGAGUUUGAAGUCCACCUAGCUUAAACAGCCCAAGGUUGAGUUGAAGUCCACCUAGCUUCAACAGCCCAAGGUUGAGCUGAAGUCCACCUAGCUUCAACAAGCCAAUUCUGGGAGUUUGAAGUCCACCUAGCUUAAACAGGCCAAAGUUGAGUUGAAGUCCACCUAUCUUAUACAGCCCAAGGUUAAAAAAACACUGCACUAGAUUCUUUGCUCAACUGUCGCCCUGCUGCAGAAAAUAAAAAGUUUAUCAUCAUGCUCCUUUUUGCUUAAUGUGAAUAAAACAGCCUUUUUACCUUUUACUAACCAUACCGAGGCUGAAGAAGAACCGGAUCUGUUCGUAACAGUUUUGUAUUACUUUACCUGCCUACUCAGCUCUUUGACUUUUUUCCAACUCUUUGUGGUAGAAAUAAAACUUUUUCCCCCCCUUAA